AUGGGUAUCGGCAUCUUCACCAUCCUCGCAGGCCUGGUAGCCUUGGCUGCGGGCUACUUCUAUUUCUUCGGUAUCUCCCCAGAGAUGAAGCGCAAGAUGGAGAACCAGGCCCUCAAGACUAUGGGCGAGAACAAGAUGUCCUACAUGGCCAAGGACCAAAUCAACAAACUCCCCACCUCCGACCAAGAAGACGUCAAGAACCUCAAGCAGGGCAUCAGCAAUCUCGCGGGCGGUGCUAUGCAGAACCCCAUCGGAGAGCAAGCUGGUGAAACCGCUGAUAGACUCACAUCUCCGCUUACCGGUCGCUAA